ACCGAGAAUCCAAGUGACAGAUGUGAAAAGGCAUGAUCAAAAUAUUUCAUCUUGGAUACAAUCUCACCAAAGAUAAUCUCGUCGUCUGAAGUGCCCCAUUGGCCCAAAAUCGCUCAAAUUGGACCGGAUCAUCUCAUUCAUCCUCAGCCACUAUGAGGUGCUAACGCAGGUCUUCCAAACCCGCUGUCAAAGCUGGUCCAUCAUGGGCGAUUUGGGACGAAUUUGGGGGGCGAAACUCAUUCCCUGUGCACGUAUGGGCGGAACAGCCAGCCAACUGGAGAAGGAUAUCGGGUCCGACUUGUUCCCCGCCAACGAACAUUUUUUCGGACUUGUCAACUUUGGAAACACAUGUUACUCGAAUUCCGUGCUCCAAGCGUUGUAUUUCUGCAAACCUUUCCGUGAAAAGGUCUUGGAGUACAAGGCCAAGAACAAGAGGAGCAAGGAGACCUUGCUAACUUGCUUGGCGGAUCUCUUUCACUCCAUCGCAACGCAAAAGAAGAGGGUCGGAACGAUUGCACCGAAAAAGUUCAUCGCCAGACUGCGCAAGGAGAAAGUGGAAUUUGAUAACUACAUGCAACAAGAUGCCCACGAGUUCCUGAACUUUCUCAUCAAUCACAUCAACGAGACUAUCAUUGGAGAAAGAACCGUAGUUUCAGCAACGGGCAAAACCACUAAUAACAACAAGACCAACGCGAAUUCAGAUGGUGGAGGGUCCUCUUCCAGCCAUGGAACCGAGAAUAAGCAUACUUGGAUCAAUGAUAUCUUCCAAGGAAUACUCACGAGUGAAACGAGAUGCCUCAAUUGUGAAACGGUGACGAGUAAAGAUGAAGACUUUUUCGACUUGAGUAUCGACAUCGAGCAAAACACGUCCCUCACCAGUUGUCUACGUAAUUUUAGCCGCACCGAAACACUUUGUAGUGAUAAUAAAUUCAAAUGUGAUACUUGCUCAGCCUAUCAAGAAGCCCAGAAAUGCAUGAGGGUCAAACAGUUGCCAACGAUUUUAGCCUUACACUUGAAGCGCUUUAAAUAUAUGGAACAGUUCAAUCGGCACAUCAAGGUGUCUCAUCGCGUUGUGUUCCCUUUGGAACUUCGUCUCUUCAACACGUCGGAUGAUGCCGUGAAUCCAGAUCGAAUGUACGAUCUAGUAGCCGUGGUAAUUCAUUGUGGAUCUGGUCCCAAUCGGGGACAUUACAUUUCCAUUGUCAAAUCUUGUGGAUUUUGGCUCAUCUUCGAUGAUGACAUUGUUGACAAAAUCGAAGCUUCGGCUAUCGAGGAUUUUUACGGGCUGACCACAGACAUUCAAAAAUCGUCAGAGACAGGAUACAUUCUGUUCUAUCAAUCCAGAGACAGCAGCAGCUAAACGCGCCACGAGAUGUCAAACUUGUGCAUUUCAAAGCAAAGUCAUCCAUAUUUAUGCUUCCGUUCAUUCAUUUUUUCAUUUCGCCACCGAAUUAAAAAUCAUCAAUUUUCCAA